CCCAACAGCAGCAGCGGCCCGUACGGCUCGCAGGACUCGGUACACAGCAGCCCCGAGGACGGCGGCGGCAGCAGGGACCGGCCGGCGGGCGGGGGCCCCGGCGGACCGCGCCUGGUGAUCGGCUCCUUACCAGCUCACCUCUCGCCGCACAUGUUUGGAGGAUUUAAGUGCCCCGUAUGCUCAAAAUUUGUACCCUCAGAUGAAAUGGAUUUGCAUCUUGUGAUGUGUUUAACAAAGCCAAGGAUAACCUAUAAUGAGGAUGUACUGAGUAAAGACGCUGGGGAGUGUGCAAUAUGCCUUGAAGAAUUGCAGCAGGGAGAUACCAUAGCACGGCUGCCUUGUCUAUGCAUCUAUCAUAAAGGCUGCAUAGAUGAAUGGUUUGAAGUAAAUAGGUCUUGCCCGGAGCACCCUUCAGAUUAAGCAUCAGCUUCCUGUUUUAUAGGUUUUCUUGUCUUUUCAAGAUGCUUGAAACGCUGAGAGGAGAUGAGGAUAUGUCUCUGGAAAAAGAAAACAAAUCUGCAGGCAUACUCAGCCAGAAAUCUGAGUUCUGUGAGACUGGGUGAUGCAGAGAUGGACAAUCACACAGGGGAAAAUCUCUGCCGAAGAGAGGGCGGUUGCCACAAAACUCAGUGUACCAAACAUGCAUAUAGAGGACACACAGGAAUUUUGAAAAUGCUGCACAUCCCUUACUAGUCAUCUACAUAGGUAAUACUGAGAAACAUUUUGUAUUCAGACGCCAAAGUUAACUGAUUUACAAGUUGAUUUUAUUAAGUUCUCUAGCGCUGCGCAACUAAGUUGUGCUUGACUUGGUUUUUUGUUUGGGGUCACUUUAUUUUCCCCCAACAUGAUGUUUCUGUAUUCAUCUGUUAUUAAACCGAAGGCCAUAUAAUGUACUUCCUUCAAAUUAAAGUCUUAAAUGUGAAACCAAGAAAUGUAAUCAAGCAGUAAAACGUUCUCUGAAUGUAGACCAUGAUCUCAAGUUCUUCUAAUUUUUUUCCCCCAAGAGCGGAACAUAGACUUCUGCAUAGGACAGCUAAAAUAUGUUAGCAUUUUAAAUUCAAGGUUUAACAUUAUCAGAAUGCAGUCCAAAGAGUAAAUCAAGUCACAUAAUUACAUCUUAAUGAAUGAAGUCUAAGAUUGUCUAUUGAAUUGCAAUUUAUUACAUAACAUUAUUUCCUCUUAAGUAAAACUGCUCAGUAGUUAAUCAGUAAUGAAUCGUCUUGCAGCUAUGCAACUUUUUAAAAAAUACAAAUUACCAAUUUUAAGUGCUGCCAGCUAUAAUAACUUUGUUUUAACGGGUAUUUUUGUUGGUUAUUUUUAUGUAAUUAUUUUAUUGUGCUUUGCAUCUCCAGACAGUUUUCCCACAUUUGGGUAGAAUGUUUAGCAGGUUGUAAACUUAGUCAUUUAUGAAAAGGGUAAAAUAAAAUUUUCUUGAGUGGGACUUGGAAUAAUUUGAGGGAUAUUUUGUAUACUUUUAAAAAUCAAUUUAAUUGGGAUGCCAGAUUUAUAGCAAUUUGCAUCUUUAAUUUUCCAGAUACUCUGGAAGUUAGUGUUUGAUAAAUGAUUUUUUAAAGCAAAUACGAAGAUUUUGUUAAUUUAUAAUUUAUUAAUGUGUUAUUACUGUAAUUUAACAUGUUAUAGAGACUUUUAAAUUCAGUCUUGUGUAGAAAGAAAUGUAUUAAGCAAAAUUAUGUGAAUAAAUAUUCCCACAAAAUACAUCUGAAUGGUUAAAAAAUACUGGAAGAGAGCUGUCAGGUCUAUAAUAGUGAAUGUCUUUUUUUUUUUUUUUUUUUUUUUGGAUCUAAAAAGAUACCAAUAAGCAGAUUUCUUAUUUUCAACAUACAGGGAAAAUGUUAGCAGUGAACAUUUAAGCAGUGCACUUUACUUGGUAGAAUUGAAAGCUGCACAGUACUGUUUCCUUAUUUUAAGCCCUCUUUAAUGUAUUUUUAAGUAUUUGCUUUUCUAUUUAAUGCUGCUACUCUUACUCUCAAAUGUUUUCCCUAUUCUGCUUCUGUUUUCAUAUUUUUUGAAAGGGCAUGUACAGGAGCAACUGCUGCUACCCAGAAAAAUUGGUGUUUUAGAAACAGUUGAAAGAAUUUUUCAUUGCUUUCCGUGUGAUUCCAGACCAGAUAACAUUUCCCCUAAAGUUAUGCUGUGAAAUGUCUUUUGUGAUGCUGCAAUGGACUGAAGCGUCCCAAACCUCCGUUGUGACAGCUGACAGCGCGGUUUCAUAGGUGCUCUCUGAACCAGUGAUGGGACAUCCUCCUCCCUUAAGGAACAUCUUCCUUCCUUCAGUUUUCUUCUGUUAUCGUGAAAUCUUAGCAUGAAUCCAUUUUGUUUAUACGUUUUUAAUUUUGUAAGCUUCCCACACCGAACACACGUACCCACCCACCCCAGGAAAGACCUCUUAGAAUAUUGUGAAUGGUUCCUUUUUUUCUACUACUGGCAUAUUGUUAUGGUAAGAAUUGUUCUGUUGUCUUCCAUUCUUCAAGGCAAAGGUUAACUCUAGCUGUGGGAGUGACAUAUUAAUAUUCUCCUGGAAGUUGAUUUUGAUAUGAUUUACUCAUGGACUUUUUAAUUUUCAUAGACAUUAGUUCUUUUCCUUCUGUAUCCUGUACCCUGUCAACCUCUCUCUUUCAGCCUCUGACUGUCAUACGGUUCUGUGCUGCAGCUGCUAUGGUGGAAGAAAGUCCAGUGUUUGCUAGUGUCAAGUGCUACUUGAUUAUUGUAUUUGUCUAGGACAGCAUUUACUUAAAAUCUGUUUGUAGCAAUCCCUUUUGUGUUAAAAUUGACAGAGGUUAGCAUUUUUUACUUUAGGUUCAUUCUCCAUCAGUGACUCCCUAGAAGGAAGAAUUCAGGAAUUGGAAAGAAAAUGUUUUUUAUAACCCAGAUGCUGUGGUUCUCAUUCAGAGUCAAAGUUGCUACUCUGGAAAAUAUUAUAACAUUUUACAUAAUGUCACUUACAAUAUUUAUAUACCUGUAUGUGGACACUGAAUAGUGUAAGUAGGAUAUAAAAAUCACUUUAGCUAUUUAAAGGUGUUGCUUGAAACUACUGACCACUGAAUAUUACAGAGCAAAAUAAAGAUUGAAAACCUAGCUAUCAAAUUGGUGAUAGCCUUCUAGAAUCUUUGUAAAUACAAGAUCGCACUUGCGUGUAUAGAAAGCAAUAUGUUCUGAAAUCUCACUCUAGUGCCACUCUUCCUAAUGGAUUUAUUGCCAAUUUUGACUCAUUUUACUUGGAUCUGGCUUUUUGAAUAUUGUUAUUGCCAGAAUGUACAAGAAAGAGUAAAGUUACUCUAUCUUUUGGCUUUUUGCCAUAGAAAUUAGCUAAGCCUAGUCUUAAUCUAUGUUUUUCAGAUCUGGUUAUAAAUCCGAUAUAGAUUGUGUUUUGAGAGCAGUGUUUGUGAUUGAAAUAUAAAUAAUGGAUUCUGUAACUGAUUUUUUUGUGGUAGCUGAACAACAUUUAAAAGGCCAUGUUGUUGUUAGCUGUUGCACGGUCUCUGGGUUUUGGUUUCUUUGUACAAAUCUUCUGGGUUUUUUAAGUGAUACAUAGUUAUUUUCGUUCUCACCUGCCUAACACUUUAUUAGACUGUAGCCCAAAAUGCCCGAGGAGCAUCGUCAGCAUAUUUUCAAUGUGUAUUUUGAAAAAAUUUCAGGUUCACAAAUGUUUUCGUGAAAAUGACAGAUUCCUUUUCAAAGCUUCUUUUACUUUCUCAGUUUGGUGUAGUGAAGUUUAAGAGCAAUCAUUUAAAUUAACACACUAUAGCAAGCCUAAGAGACAUGUCUUUAAAUGAAAAAGACAGUAAAUUAAAUGUAAAUAUUACCUAAUUAUAUUUACUAACUUGGAGAGUCAAAGAAGGGAAAUUUCCUGACAAUAAACUACAUUCGAAUGAAGCAUGAAACUCUUGAAAAAUUAAUAAUUGAAUUUACUAUCUGAUUGACAUCCCUAUUAUGCGUUGAUAAUAUCCAGAUCACCCUGUUUUUUCACAGAGGAGUUUCCAUGUAAAUCAGAUUAUUGGGAACUUUGUAAAACUUCAUAGAGGUAAAUGUUGCUUAUUAAUUGUGAGUGCAAUCUGUGAGCUGCAGGAAAUCUUCUGGUUCAUUGGGGCCAUUUUCUUGUCAUUUGAUGUAUCCUGAGGUGAACUCAGUGCAUAUUGACAAUGUGUUAAAUGUGAAGUGUCCCUUGUUCUUGUACAGAUAUUUUCUAAGUAAAAAAAAAAAAGUUCUAGCAUGCCAAUAUUUUAUCUUUGACCCAUCGCCCCCUUUUUUUCUGAAAUGUGUAACUUCUGAUUUUUUCUUUAUGCUAUUGUGAAUGACAGUAGUUAAAUUAUUUUUUACUGUUCUACUGUCUAUUCUAGACCUUUUCAUUCUGAAACUAAAUUGCUACUUGAUUUUUUUUUAUUUUUUUGAGGAAAUUGCUACUUGGUAUACUCCUAGUAGAGCUUCUUAUUCAUGAACCGCUGAAUAGGUAAAACUUUUGGUAAUAAUUUACUCGGGCAAUACUUUGAGUGCCAUAUUCUGGGAAUGUUAUGCUUAAGCUGGGAAACUGAAUGUUCUGUUAAAAUCACCGAAUUCCUGAAUUGAAUGGGCAGUACCUUUGAAGUUCAGCUGAUUCUCUGGAAAGAACUAAAAGCAUUGAAGCAAACCAGAUAUGUUACUAUUAAGUUUUAGCUGAAAAUGCAAUAUUGCUAUACUUACGGCAACUGGUGUAUUUUCAGAUAUUAAGCCAUCAUUAAUUUUAGACCAAUGACUAAUAAUAAGAUAAGUUAUUGGUUGUUUAUAGAGAAGCAAAGAGCAGUAUGGCAUACACUCACAUCAUCUCAGAAAUGAAAAUUUUUAAAGGAAUAUUGCAAUAUUUUAUUAACUAGCAUUGUGCUUCUUAGCUCUGUCCUGGUCUUGAGGGCUCUAUCAGGGCUGCAAGUCUUAGAAAUGACUGAUUUCUCCUAUUAUUAAAUUCUCAUGCCUUCCCUUUUGGUUUGAUAUGCUGAGAUUGAUAGGUACUGAUGGUUUAUGUUGAUAAACUUACAGUUCUGCCUGUGCCCUGUUACCAGUGUACCUGGUGCUGGCAUCUUGAAAAGGUCAUGUUAUUAGUGAUAAGCAUUUUGAGCACGUGUGUGCAUAUAAUACAAUUAACAGACCCUAUAGGAAGAUCAAAAGAGAUUUUGAAAUUUGAUGAUGAUAUUGGUCUUUAUUACAGAAGUCCAUUACAUUUUCUUUCUUUCCAGUGAUUAUAUGAGUAUCAUUUUUUGGGAACAUCACAGUAAUAAUAUUUACUUCCAUUGGUUUGUUCAUGGUUUCAACAACUCUUCUGUAGUACCUCUUAAUUUCCUCUCUUAGAAAGUAUUUUUUUGUUAAAUAAGGUAUCAAAAGCAUCCAUCAAAAGAAAUCUAGACAGUGUAUUAGGAACAACUUGUAUUAGUAUGUUCUGAACUAAAAUGGAACAAUUCAUGAUGGAUAUUGUAAUAAAUAAAACUUCCAAAUGGUUUUGCCAAAUUAUCCUGUUAUUUAGAAGUAUAAAAUAAGAGAAUGCUUUCAAGGAAAUUUGUCAUAUCCUCUGUAAUGUCUAGAAGUUGGCAGUAUAUUAUAAUAAAACAGAAUUAUCUGAUUGCUGAAAGGUUACCAUGAA